AUGAGAUAUCUAUCUAUCUAUCUAUCUAUCUAUCUAUCUAUCUAUCUAAUUCUAUAUCUAUCUAUCUAUCUAUCUAUCUAUCUAUCUAUCUAUCUAUCUGAUUCUAAUGUGUGUCAUACAAAAAAAAAAGUGCUAAAAAUUCUAUCUAUCUAUCUAUCUAUCUAUCUAUCUAUCUAUCUAUCUAUCUAUAUUUCUCAUGUUGUCUUAGAGCGGAGCCGGAGAGGCGGCAACACUGUUAUAUUUAGAUUUUUUUUUUUUUUUCCGUUCAUCCAACGUAGAGAGUGCCAAAAAAAAAAAUGUUUAAUGACCGGUAGGCUCCUGGAGAGAUUCGACUCGACCUCCAGUUUACUAGGACUGGCGCCUAACCAGUUGAGCGAGCGGAGGCGGAGGCCGGCUACCGUAGAUUUUUUUUUUUUUCCGUUCAUCCAACGUAGAGUGGCCAAAAAAAAAAAAAAUGUAAUGACCGGGGCUCCGAGAGAUUCGGACUCGACCCAGUUUACCAGACUGGCGCUUCAACCAGCUGAGCUACGGAGCCGGAGGCCGGCUAAUCCAUUAGUAAUUUAG